UAAAAGGGUAGCUAGACAGGGAGAGGGAGAGAGAGAGAAAGAGAGUGAGAGGGAGAGAGAGAGAGAGUCUAUAUAUACAUCCUAAAGAGACUUGUGCUCAAAACACAGCAGGACUACUAGAUAUCUGGACCCAGGGACAUUAGAUAUUUAAAGACACCAGUACUGUGGCUGUGGAAAACUUAUUAGAUUAGCGGGUGUGAAAUACUGAACUCAAAGAUGAAUACUGUGGCAGACUGGCUAGUGCAGAACAGAGACAAGAUUGAAAAGGGGGUGGAGAUCAUGGGCCAAGCAUCCGAGGUGCUAGCUGCCACCGUGGGCCAGCUUCACCCCGUACUGGAAGCUGUGUUCGUGGCUUCGGCGGAGCUACUCAACAAUCCGGAUGGCAAAGAGGCCCGCUAUCUGACUCAGCAGUUUGAACUCGUUCACCAACAACUUGAGGGAAUCCAAAAUGAGAUCGAUCAAAUAGCCCUGGAGCUCCAGAAAUCCUCAAUGAACAAGCAGAACUUUGACCGCGAAGCGCAGAUGCUCAGUCAGUACGACAAAUUUCAGGACUUCGUCAACGCCAAACCAAAGUUCCGGGAGAAGAAGAAGGAGAAGUUCCUGAGCCAUUACGAGAACACGGAUGGAGACUUGAACUUGGACGCUCUCUACAAUGCCGUCACGGGGGAGAACAUCGCCGGUGACCCUUUGCUCGAGGUUGUAGUCGCCACAGAGCAGAGAAGCCGACGGGCGGUUGAGGACUUCUGCGCCAGGCUGAAAAAGCUCUUCGUAGUGGGCAUUAUCGCUGUCAUGGGCCAUGCCGCCCUCAAGGAAGGUGAAGUCGACGAGGACAUGGUGAGGAAAUGGCAGAGCCGAAUGGAGGAUGUAGAAAAACGGAUGAAAGCAGCCGUGGAUGACUGUACAGAGAACUUUGCUGAACAAGCCAAGAUGGACAUGGAGAAUCUGCUUCAGGAUAACCCGGGUACCGUUGACCGCGACUUUACUACAUCCCUUCUGGAUGCCCUCGUGAAGAAAUAUGACUGGGUGAAUUGGUCUAUAAGGGCCUUCAGCGACCGCGAGCGCAUUUUCUUUUUCAAUUGGCUUGCAGGGAAGAAGUACCAAGGAAGAGGGGGCGCCAAAUGGUUUGAGAUUUUGACCAACAAAAAAAUCAAAGUGGUGGUCUCAUUUUGCGUCAACCCGAAGCCAAUUGACAAGAGUCAGGUCCAAGAGCAGAUCGAAGUGCAGAGGCUGAGGGGAAACAUGAUGGCGGUGGCACUGGCCCUGAACAAGAGCUUUCCCAACUGCCUUGUUCACGCUGUCAGCCACUAUAAGGAAGUGGUGGAAUCCAACAAUUUUAGUGAAGAUUGUUACUACUACGGAAAACAUAAGCGGGCCUACCUGUGUAUCCACCCCGAGUAAAUUCUUAAUAAAACAGACCAAACCAACUGUUGUUGCAUAUACAAGGAGAUAAUUAAUUGAAUGUGUCCGGCUGGAAAAAAAACAAACCCAAACAAAUUCAUUAUGUUUGUCUCUGUUGAUGUAUAACCUGAUUUGCUAAUGCCUGCCAUUGUAUAUGAAUUUGUAAUCUUACUUUAAGUUCUGUACAUGAUUUUAUAUGUGUUGUGAUUUAAUAUAUAUAUAUAUAUAUAUAUAUAUAUAUAUAUAUAUAUAAUAUGAGUUUCAGCUGGUUUGACAAAACGUUAGAUCCAUGAACCUCAAUGCAAUCUUAGACUUGGAUGUAAGGCUGCCUUCUGAGAAUGUUGUUCUCUUCAACUCAAUUCCCGUAGGUCUCUGCUGAACUCGGAAUCUUCGUUUGGACAUUUUCACAACAAAAAGCAAAACAAAAAAAACAAAAACAAAAAAAAAAUAACACUAUGGUACUGCGGGGAGAAUCAGUUUCAAAAUCUGUAAAGUCUACAAUCUCAUUAAGACACUUGUAAAUUGUAUCUUGAUUUGUGAUAUAAAAAAGAAAGAAAGAAAAAAAAA